AUGUCAACAUAUAAAACUAUUAGUGAUUUAAAACUAGAGGAUUUUAUCAAUAAUGAAACUUUUUCAAGUAAAUCAAAACAAGAAUCACAAGACGCAACCAAUCUUCUUUUCCAUCUUCAUAAUAUUAUUCAUAGUUUUUAUUUAAAAAAUAUUAAUAAUUUAAAUAAUAAAAAGAAUCUUAAUAAUAUAAACUCUAAAGAUAUCUAUAAUCAAUCAGAUUCAAUAACAAUCAAUUAUCAAACUUUACAAUAUAUUGUAAAUAGAUUAUGUAAUAAAAAAGAUAGAGAUGAAACAAAAGGAAUAAAUAAAAUAUUGGGAAAGGGAGAAAUAUCUGUAUUGGAAGUAUAUAAAAAAAUAUCUCUAGAAAAUACAAAGAAACAACUUAAGGUGUUUAUUAAGGAAUACAGGGAGAGUAAAGUUUUCCAAUUAUUACCAGUCGAUCAAAACAGCAAUUAUGAUACUACUCAAGUUGCAAAACAACUCACAACCAAUAUAGUAAAUCACCUCUCAGUUCAACUUUCAAAUCAUAUUAGAGAUAUAAUGAAAUUAUACAAUGCAGCAAUUAAAGAGCUCCUUCCAGAUCCAGAGAUAGAUCGUACAGAGACCCUUCGAUUUCUUAUUAAAUACAACAUUGCAUCAAUCUUACCAAAUAAAGAAAUUAAUAAAUUGUUGGCAGACAAUAAGUUAGAAAAUACAGAUCCAACUGAGAAUAUUAUAAGAAUUAUAAAUAACAAUUUAGAUUAUUCAACUCUCAACCUCAGCAAACUAUACUCAUUUUUUAAUGGAUAUGAUUUUGAAAAGCUUCAACAAAUGGAGAAAGGUGUAUUCACCAACAGCUGGAAAUUUUUUUCAAUUGGAUUGGGCAGUGUUUUUUUUAAAUUUCAAAAAAACAUUGAGGAAAUAGGUCAUCAAGUGGAAUUUGCACAGCUUGUUAAUUCUCUGAACCAACAUAUCGAACAUUCUAAUUUAUUACAAGUUGUAAAAGAUGGUAAACAACUCUUGGAUGUAUUAGGCAAACAAGAAGAGCCAUUGUUGGUAAACACGUCUGCUCCAAGAGAUAUCAAAUUUACCAACUCGGAAAGCCAUUUGGUUAUUUGGGUUCGAUCAAUCUUUAAGAAUAUCUCAAAAUAUGGAGAUCAGAAUUUGGAUAAAAUUCAAAAGAGAUUAUCGUUCUUUAUACCAGCAGCACCAACCUCAUCAACAACCACAACUGCAACUACUCCAACAACAACAACAACAAAAGUGAGUUUUUUCAAUUGUAAUUCCAAGAAUCACGAGGCACUUGGAUUGGCGAAGCCAACACCGGUAGUAGACAGAUAUCGAGAUACAAAUAUUUGCAGUACAUGUCAGUAUCACACCAAUAACAGAAGAAAAGAAAAUCGAAAAGACAUUUUAGCAACAGAUAUAAUUAAAUCUUUAGGCGAUUUGAAACAAGAAGAUAAUAGUAAAGUAAAUCAACUUUUAGUUAUAGUAAAGGAUAUAAUAGUAGAAGUUUUUAAAUCAGAGAUAAAUGACAAUUAUAAUAUAGAUACUUUAAUAGAGAUAUUAAAGAUAGAAAAGGAGAAAGAAGAAGAAGAAAAGCAAACAAAGUUUAAAAAAUCUACAACCACAACAACAACAACAACAACAACAACCACAACAACAACAACAACAACAACCAACAGUAAUCAACAACCUUCUCUACGAUCUAUAUUUGAUGAUAAUGAUGAUUUCGAAUUUAAAAGUGAUGAUCCAAUAGUAGCUACAACAACAACAGAUUCAACUAAUGAUAGUAAUAAUAAUAAUAAUAAUAAUAAUAAUUUAGAAGGAUCAGACCAAUCCUAUCACCCAGAAGAAACCACUGCCAAUGGUUUUUUUGAUAUCUUGAAUUAUUUCUCCCGAAUGCCACUUCCAUCAGGUAGCUCCAAAGAUACUAGUGCUAGCCGUGCAGAUCAAUUGCAAGAUCUGCAGAUGACUGAAAAACCAAUCUCUCCGUAUUCUCUCAGUGAAGGACCACCGGAUCCAGAUGUAAUAUUCGUAUCAGACCACCUUGAUUCAAAGGUUCACCAAAAGAGAAGGUUGAAUGAGAAUACCAUAUACUACGAUAUUAAAAGUUGCUCUUGGCUUUUUGUAGAUCCAUCCAACUCAAAGGAUUUGUCUGAUGAGCAGCUCCUAUCAAUCAAGGUGAACCGUAUAAAGCAAAUCCUACAACUUGGUAAAGGUACCUUCUUUCUUUGUGGUAUAGCAUUAUGGAAACUUCUCCGAGUUCUUAUCACGAAUGAAGAGGUCAAGAUCACCAAUAGAGAUCAUUGGUAUACAUCAAUGAAAUUGACUUGUAGCUUUGCCGGUCGCUCCAUCACAUUAUUUCUGUUAUCAGAUCCUUGUCAUUCAUCAACAAUAACAAAACAAGGAUUCCAACAUUAUUCAAACUGGAAAAAGGAUACAGCUAUAAAUAUCAUCGACUCGGAGGCAAAACCAACUACAACCACCACCAUCUCCAAAUCUCCUCAUAUCAACAAAAGCAAUAGAAAUAGGAGAUUGAUAUUUAUCAAUAACAAGGUUGUAGAGAGUGAUAAUAAUAAUAAUAAUAAUAAUAAUAAUAAUAAUAUUUCAACUCAAUAUUGUAGUGGUGAUGAUAAGAUGAUUCAUGAAGAUAAAGAAACAUUAGGUACCGAUCAAUGUAUGGAGGAUGAUGUCUCUAACGAUACUUCAAAUGAAUCUAUUAUUUCAGCUAAUGACCCACCAACACCAACCACUACUACCACUACCACUACUACCACUUCCACUUCCACUACUACUAAUAAUAAUAAUGACUAUUACAAAUUCUUUAAUAUUCGUAAUAGAUCAAUGUCAUUCACUCUAUUUCCUAGUGUAGAUUUAUUUAAUCCAUUCAGUUUGAUGUAUUCUGCCAAAGACAUUAGAAGAAUCAUCAAAGCCGAGGAUGGUAUGACUGAUAUCCAAGUUAUAAGAUCUAUUUUAAAAGUAGAUUUCCUCAGGAGAAUAUUUGAAGCCAAUCCGAUCGAUGUACAUAUCAGAACAAACGGUUAUUCAGGUGGUGUUGUGUUUAAAAGCAAAUCAAAAAAAGUUCAAAAACAAUACGAAUUGAUUGGUUUAAAAGACAUAAAAGAUAAAGAAGUACUUACUGAAGAACAAUUUGAACAACUUGGUGUAGUAGUAUGUGAUCCAGCACCAAACCACAAUGUUUGGUUAAAUAACAAACAUCCGUUUGCAAACGGUGAUUAUUCUUUCCGAAAGAAUGUCAUUGACGUGAAGUCUUCAACGCAUCACUUUCAAUCCGAGUCUGGUCUGAACAAACACAAAAAGAAUAAGCUACUCGGUCACGAUUUAAUGAAAUGGCAGUCUGACAUACCUUCAGUCAAAGGGUCCAGUACAAACAAUAUUACAGAUCUUGUAAUAUAUGAAAAACGAUUGGAAUUUAUAUUCAAAUCGGUUUUUUUACCACCAGAACAAAGAAGUUCAGAUAUCAAACCAUAUGGUACUCUAAGGGCAGUCGGAGAAGAGAAAAAGAAAGAGCAACGAGUCUGCCUCUCAAACAACACCACCAUUCCAUAUCACUCAAACCAGCAUAAAUCCGUCUUCCAUCAGUAUCGACAAUGUCAUGGUGAUGCGUGGCAAAAGGUUGAUUUGGAUCGAUCGCGAUCAAAGAAGCACAGUGAAUCAUUAAAUUCGAAAAAAUUGUUCAACUUUGCAUUGCAAUCGAUUCCUAUCAAGCAGUUAACUCAUGAUCCAAUGCAGAUCGAUUCCACCGAUCCCAAUGAUCCAAAGCAGAUCGACUCCACCGAUUCCAAUACUCCAAAGCGCGUGCCAAAGUUGGUAUUCAAGGGUAACAAUGUACCCAUCCAAUCCGACAGGGAAUCAUCUCAAGAGAAAAGUGGUGCCAAUAAGAUGAAGCUACGACGCGUUGGAUCUCCCAUCAAAGUGAGAAAAAAAGAAGCAUUGCUAAAGUUCCUCAAGGAUCACAAACUCGAGUUCCUCGAACCAAUCGACGAGUCCAAUGUACGAUUAAUUGAUAUACAGACUGCAAUUCACUAUUAUGGAGUGGAGCUCAUCCAACAAGCAAUGGAUAUAUGGAAAUUCUUUAAGUUUACCGAACCAUUGCCAGGUAAUCAAGGUGUGGAAAAAGAAGUAGAUUUCAAAGAUGGCAUAAAUAGAGUCGAACAAAUUACAACAACUUUCAGGAACCAAGCGUUUCAAAAGUUUUGGUUCAGACGUAUUCAUUUCGAACGGUGCAAAUGGCUAAAGGAUCAUGGAAUUAAGAUCAUGCCAGAUAGUGUCGGAGGUCACUGGAUUAGACCAAAUCAAUCAAAAGUGGACGCCAAUGAAGACAGUAUUUACCAACUAUUACCAGUCUUUAACGGCUUGACAAUUUUGGUCAUGGUAUCUAACGGUACAGAUGAAGGAAAAAAGGUAGAAAGAACAUUAAUCGGUCGAAUUAAAUUGAAUGGUGGAAAGUACACUAGGGAUGUAAAUGGCACAUUCAACUUUAUGGUUACUGACAAGAAAGAUUGGGACAGCACACCAAACAAAAAGGCGAGAGAGAUCUGUAAGGUGAAGAAUAUUCCAGUAGUUUCCAAUGCCACUUAUAUUACAGAUUGCCUGAGACAACAUGUGUAUCUACCUCUACUAUCGUAUGAUCUGUCGUCAGCUGCCAACACUACCAGUAGUGCUGCGAAGGUUUCACCAAGCAAGAAGAGUGGUUCCAAGACAGCUACCAACACUACCAGUAGUGAUGCGAAGGUGACACCAACCAACAAGCGUAUCGACUCACCCGCUCCCUCCAUACCGGAUCUUCAAACAAAAAAGAAGUCCAAGAAGACCGACAAUACCGACAAGAAGUCUAUCGAUAGCGAUGAAGACAAAGACAAUCAUCCGAAAUCCCGAAAGAAAUCAAAUCGAAAAGCUGCCAAAGAAUCAGUUGAUAAAACUAGAGUCGUUAUUGGUGCUGGUUGUGGUAAUUUAAAUCAUAUUCAACGAAUGAAAGGUGUGAAAUAUAGUCCUGCCACGGAAAGAAUCACCGAAUCUCUCCAAAGAUACAGUUUCAGUGUUUCGAAAACAAACAUGAAAAUAUCAAUUUCCAACGAGUUCAAUACAUCACAAGUGUUUGGUCCAAACAUCGAUAAACUAGAAAAUGACUUUGUUUCAGCAAUCAACAAACCAGUUUCAAACGAGUGGACGCAGGCAAAGAAAGAUGAAGAGCUCCAUUCGUUAUAUAACCUAGCCAAGGUCAAACCCCCAGGAGAGAGUAAAUCAUAUAAACCAAAAGAUACCAAGAGGGUAUAUAACAAGUCAUUCUCUGUUCGGUUGUACACUGGAAACGAUGACCAAGGCCAGCCUAAAGAUAUUUUUAUCAAUAGAGAUAUUCUUGCAUGUACAAACAUGAUGGCAAUUGCUAAGGCCUAUUUUUGUGGAAAGCAACGUCCACAACUUUUAGCACCAUUCACCAGUCAACCUAUUAUUAAUACCCCGGGCAAGGAAUGUCCACGACAAAAUUUGAUUUCUGCGUUUACGCAUGUAAUUUUCCAAAAGAAUAAAGAUUUAUCUUUAUUAACUCAAGAUCAAUACAUUAUAAUGAAAAAAGACUUGCUCCAAACCAGAAAAGAUUGUAGAGUGGUAAUAAUAAAUAAAUACUGUUUUAUUACAAAAUAA